AUGUCUGGACCUUUACUGUACGCUCAACUCAAUAAUCGGCUUGUUUUCAAGCUUGCAUCUUCUUCGGGCGAAAAAGAUGCGGUUCUCACACUCGGUCCUACUGAGCAAGACGUCAGCAUCGAAUCAGUAGAUUCGUUUCCAGUCAACGGGGAAAUCCAUAAAGUGGCCGGUCUUAUUGGGUGUAUUAAGCUAAAAACCAACUCGUACGCCAUCAUAGCACGCAGAGUGGAGGAAUACGGUGCAUUGGUCGGCCAUAGGGUUUUCAAGGUCGUGGAACAUGCUAUUGUUGCUCUCAACAAGCAGGGAAGAAAAGACAAAGACGAACAGCAGUAUCUGGCACUUUUGGAGCUGCAACUUUCUAACGCAACGCUCUUUUUCUCGUACACCUACGAUUUGACGAAUUCUGCGCAGAGAAACGAGAAGUUGGGUCCAAACUCUUGGGAAAACGCAGACACCCGUUUUUUCUGGAAUCACUACGCUACUCAGCCAUUGCGCAAUCUGGCUACUGUAGACCGCAGAGCUGCGGCUUUCAUUCAGCCCAUGAUAUUUGGAUACGCACAUUUCAUCGAUUCAAAUAUCCACAAUACACCUAUAACAAUUGGCCUCGUGACCAGACGCAGCAGAUUCAGAGCUGGCACCCGAUACUUUCGUCGUGGUAUUGAUGCAGACGGCAAUGUAGCUAAUUUCAAUGAAACUGAGCAGUUUUUGGUGACCAAGACUGCCGGUAAAACAGAUCGGUCGGAUUUCUACGCGUUUUUACAAACUCGUGGCUCUGUUCCUGUGUACUGGGGCGAAAUAAACAACCUCAAGUACAAGCCCAGCGUGGUGCUGGGCCCCAACGCCAGCUUAGAGUCUACUGCCAAACAUUUCAACCAGCAGAAGCAGCUUUACGGCGACAACUACCUGGUUAAUCUAGUCAACCAAAAGGGCCACGAGCUACCGGUGAAAAACGCUUAUGAGUCUGCCGUCAGCGGUCUUGAGGACCCUAAGAUCCAUUACGUCUACUUCGAUUUCCACCACGAGUGCCGGAAAAUGAGAUGGCAUAGAAUUAAAUUGCUUAUUGACCAUUUGACGAAGAUGGGACUUGAUCCAAAAGACGUGUUCCAUAAAACCGUGGCUCUGGAUGGAAGCACCAUCGACCUGCUCAAUGAACAAAAAUCAGUUGUCCGCACAAACUGCAUGGACUGCUUGGACAGGACAAACGUGGUCCAGUCGGUGCUGGCCCACUGGGUGUUGCAACAAGAGUUUGUCACCUCGAAAGUGCUUUCCCCGGAUCAACUAUGGGAACAGGACUUGAAACUUUUAGUACAGUUUCAAAGCUUUUGGGCCGACAACGCAGACGCGGUAAGUUUCGCCUACUCUGGCACUGGCGCACUCAAGACAGACUUUACAAGAACCGGUAAGCGUACCCGGGCUGGUGCGUUCAAGGACUUUUUGAAUUCUGUCUCUCGCUACUACCAAAAUAACUUAACUGAUGGCCCCAGACAAGACAGCUACGAUUUAUUUUUGGGCAAUUUCUCGUUAUUCGAUAGUGGAAUGCAAUCUCCAUUUACUGAUAGAAGACCAUUCACAAUCCAGAUAAUACCAACCGUGAUUUGCGCUGCUCUAACUGUUAUUGCAGCCACCAUUUUCUUCCCCAAAAACCAUUUUACAAGUUCCAAGAAUCUCUCAUUUUUCUUCUUGUCUAGCGCUAUUGUAGCGCUGUCUUUGAGAUUUGUUUUCAAGAAUGGUGAGCAGUUUGUGAACUGGCCCAAGCUGAACGACUUGGGAUUUUUGGUUGCACUUCAGACUCACAACAAGGAGCGUACUUUCAAAGGCCUCAGGUACGUUCAAAGCUCUGAUUUUUCGAAACCGGGAACUUCCAAAAACGAUUGA